UAGAAACUUGUGGCUACUUCAAAUCAAUUAUGACAAUGAACGUAAAGAUCGAAGAAUUCAAACUCCCUUUUGAUACCCACAAACUAUACAAUGUCAUUAUCGACAACAAUGACGUGAUCGAAACCCUAGUUACCCACGACCCAACCAUGGUCUGCAUGUGGAUCAAUAAUACCGAGAUCCUAAACCGGCCCCGCCUCCACCGCCUACUUGUGGGCCUCGACACCGAGUGGCGCUCGAUCGUCGUCGAAGGUCGUGUUCAAACUGUGUCCGUACUUCAAUUGUGCGUGGGCAAAUCCUGCCUCGUUUACCAAAUCCUCCACGCCGAAGAAAUUCCUCAUGAAUUAGUAAGUUUUCUCGAAAACCCCGAUUACACGUUCGUUGGAAUUGGAGUUGACAAAGAUGUCGAGAAACUGCUGGGCGAUUACAAUCUGAAGGUGACGAAGGUGCGUGACCUACGGACGUGGGCUGCAAAAGAGCUCGAGGCGAAGGAACUUCGGUAUGCUGGGUUGAAAACAUUGGUCAAUCUAGUUGUUGGAAAAGAUAUGGAGAAGCCGAAGAGAAUUACGAUGAGUCGGUGGGAUAAUCGUGUGCUUUCACGUGGUCAGGUUUCGUAUGCUUGUCUCGAUGCUUAUUUCUCGUUCGAGAUCGCGAGGCUAUUGAGUUCGUGGUAUUAGAUAUCGACCAUGAGUUUUAAGGGACUGUUUAGAUUUGAUUAGUUUUUAGUACAGUAGAUUACAUAGUGAUUAUUUUUAUAAUUAGAUUUUCUGUUUUUUCAG